AAGGAUAGAAAAAAGACAGGGGGUAUGGGAAUGUGGGGUUUCUCUUUAAUUCAUGAAUUUUGAUAGUAUUUUGUAUUCUAGCUUUUAUCAACCGACAGAAAACAAGUCACUAUAAGAACUACUACAAUUUAGUCCAAUCACUCCCUCUCUCUCUCUUUCCUGCUUCCUCUGUAUUAAUUCUAGUUGGUGUAAAAGUUAUUACUUUGCUGGAAAAUAUGGACUUUUGCCGGAAUAUUCCUGUUUCCGGUGAGCAGGAGCAGCUGUUUCCUUCUUCUUGCUCCAAACUUGGAAGCCUGGAUGACAUGUUUUCAUGCAACAGCAUGGAAGAGGACAUGAACUUGGAGUGGCUGUCAAUUUAUGUUGAAGAUUGUUUCUCCAGCUCUGGAAAUUGCUUGCCACAUGCUGCAAUGGUACCGCAAAUUGUCGAAAAAACUAGCAGCAGCAAUGGCAGCACAAUUACAAACAUCCCUAAAGCAGCAGCACCACCAGCAGUCACAGAAGCAAACUUAAAGCCCUUGCAAGUGGUGAGCCCUGAGAAGCACUCCAAAUCAUCUAUGCUGCACAGGUUUGUGAUUCCAGGCAAGGCCAGAAGCAAAAGAAGCCGAGGCCCAAUGGGCAACAAAUCACGGAGAAUCACUAGCCAAUUCACCAGCUGGUCUCACCAUCCUUAUAUGACAAGCUCAGAUCCCCCUCUGCUUCAACAGGCUUACUGGUUAGCUGACAGUGAGCUGAUUCUGCCCAAAAAGGAGGAACACAAUGUGGAAACCAACCCGAACAAGGAUUAUGAGCACGACGACAUCUCGGGGAGCUUAGAAGGCAACAAUCAGAAUCAGAAUCAGCAGCAGCAGCCAAGGAGAUGCACACACUGCUUAUCACAGAGGACACCACAAUGGAGGACAGGGCCUUUAGGCCCAAAGACCCUCUGUAAUGCCUGUGGAGUGAGGUUCAAAUCAGGCAGGCUGCUGCCUGAAUACAGGCCUGCUAAAAGCCCAACUUUUGUGAGCUACAAGCACUCCAAUUCCCACAAGAAAGUCCUGGAGAUGAGAACCAUGUCUCAUCUUUCCUCCAACUCUUCCUCCUAUUAGUCUUAGUCUUAAUCAAGGAUGAUGGAGCAUUAGAGUUUCUUAAUCACCAAAUUAUAGUUAUUUAGCUUGUUGUCUUAGCAUUCAGCACACCCUUUCUUUGUUGAGGGCAAUAUAUAUAACCUAAGAGAGUCCAUGAAUGGAAGUCUUUAGUUUUUCCUA